AACCCCGUCAAAAUAGAAGUUGACAUGUAUCUUCGAUUUUUGAAGGAGAUUUAAAUGUUUCAGCAGAUUGAAGUCCUUUAUUGUCAUUCUUCAUUUGAAUGAAGACAUUUCUUGGAAAUGAUUAGAGGAAGUUAUUAUACGCACAAGAAGCAAAUAUCAUUUUUAAAAAUUCCACAAAUAUGCUAAUUAGUUGAGGGAGCUCGGGGUUUUCUUUUUAUGAAUGGAGAAGAACAGCUGACUCUGUUAAAGAUCAAUCCAGUGACAUUAAGACUGAACCUAGAGUUUUACAUGUGGAAAUUAACCUGGUGCCAUAUAAAAGACCUGAUCAUGUAAUGAGCUGGGAAAAGAUCAGAAAGUGCAGUUUGAGAUGACUUGACCUUGAAAUCUUGAUCACUGCAUUGAUAAAACCUAGACAACCUUCAUUAACAGGAAGCUCCAACUUAAAGGCCCCUUGCUUAACUAAGUAUUUAGAACAUGGGGGCAGAAGAAAGCAAGGGAGGUAACUAUGGAUUGAUGGGGGCAACUUCUGUGGAGUCCAACAUGAACAAACAGGCCACUGCAGCUAGACCCUGGUCACUUCUCCACAUGUGCUCACUUGACCAGUGGAAAAGUGGACAUGCAGAGGCAGCAGGUUUCAGCGAAACUUCUAUGACAUGCAGCGGGGUCGUUUUCAAAGACUGCAGUCCUACUUUCUGUAUGAAUAGACAAGGCAUCAUCAACAUUAACAAAUCAAGCUCUGUUUUCAGCUUCCGCCGCAAAAACAAGUUCACAAAAAUGGCGGAACAUUUUGAAUACAAUCAUAUUCCUGCGCAACUGUCAUCCAUUCAAAACUUUCACGUGAAAAGUGUGCUGUGUUAUCAUGAACGAACUGUCAUUUUGCAUCUUGUGCGGAAUAUGAUGACGCAAUUUGGCAUAAUAAAUUUAAGUGACAACAAAUUCAUUGGCGUGUUUGGAAAACAAACGGUUGAAUUUGUAAAUGAAGCAUUAAGAGGCCAAAUUAGUCCCGAUGGAAACUUUUGCAUUUUAAAAAUCCCCAGCAUUAAGAGUGAUAACAGCAGUGCUUUUGUGUAUCAGAUGUAUGACAUGAAAACCCGGCAAAUGCUCCGGGAGGUCGUCCUCUUAUUCCACCAGAGCCUCUUUGCUUUUGAUCCCCGGUUCAGUUCAUCACGCAUUGCGGCAACAAGCUUUCAGAAAGGCGAGGAGAACAGCCUCAGCUUGGUCCAAACCUCAAACUGGGAGGUCCUUGCCACGAAUCCGAGACUUGACGACACAAGAUGGACCCUUCAUCCUACGUUAAAGGAUUUAUUUUAUUCAAAAGAUGGCAAUCUGAUUUUUGCAGUCAUGGUUACCGAUGGUUGCCAUUGUAGAGAGAGAAAAGCUAGACGCUAUCCUCCAAUAGACAUCAGUGUUUAUAUAUUUAAUUCGGACAAUGUCCAAACAUUGCGAUGUGUGCAAUAUAGCCGCUACACGUGCGGAACUCAUUCAUGUCCAGUAAACUAUCUGCCAGUUUUCUCUAAUUGCGGAAGCCGGAUGGCCAUCGUCUUGAAUGAGGCCGAUUCUAGCGUAGAUCACUUGCAGAUUUACAAGCUGCCAACAAUAGGUUCUUUGCAAAACAGAUGUAGGGUAAGAAUCACUCAAGUUUUCCAACCGGAUAUGAUACCAAAGCUCCCUCUACCGGCAAGGCUUAUACAGUAUUUACAGUACCAGCCAGAAUUUGGGUAAAACAAUCAACUUGAUCAAAGACUUUUUGUGACCGUUGGACUAAAAUAGGUAAAAAAAACAAGCAGAGCCAUAAAUAAAUGUUAUUUAUGUCUGUGCAACAAGUUUACUAUUAUGGGGAUGCAUGACUGUAAUAUAUAUUUAUUUGGACAUGAUAUAUGCGAAUAUAAAAAAUGUCAGUGCUAGUCGGAAUUGUUGAUAAACAUGACUGUAUUUAUUCGAUCAUAUUUUUCUAAAAAUAGGGAAUUGUAAAUAUCUUUUUUACAUGUAACAAUUAAAUUUCAGAACUGCAAUAUGCAUAUAAAACAAGGUAUAAUUGUACUUAAGAGCUCAAGAUUUUUCUCAACCUUGAGCUUACAGGUUGUACUUCUAAGCUACUCGGUGUUUCUAGUCAGACAGAAUUCAGUAAAUUGCUGCAUGUUCACAUCAUCGUUACAUUUGUUAGUGCUGUGUAUUCUGUGAGAAUGAAAGAUUUUGAGUGGAACAUUCUCUUUGUAUAUUUAAACAAGUUCUCUUCAAACAACUUCUUUUUAAGUGUGCUACAUUUAUAAAAGCUGUGAUUAUAAAAUUGAUUCAAUCACUUAGAACUGAAAAUUUAGGGUCAAAGACGCAAUAUGCGAUGAACAUCCAAGAAACCAAUGAACUUGCAAUUACGUGAAUAUGAUAUGUAGCGGAAGAUACGCUUUUAAGAGACUUGUGUUUUUUAAAAAAAUAUUUUGUUCUUAUACACCCUGACCAAUUUUUUCAGACUGCCCCGUGAACUUCUUAAGGUUUUGCUUUUUACUGCAUAGUAUACUAGAAGCUAGGGACCAUCGUUUCGACUCUUAAAUGUUAAAGGAGGUUAUACGUGCAUUAAAAUUAAUCUGUGGAUAUCUGGAGAAGAGGCACCCUUAUUUCUGUUUAAGUAUUCGUGUGACUUGGUAUAUUUUAAUGUCUGUGCCGGUGUUUUUGUGAGAAUUGUCUAUGUGUUCACGUUAUGUCAAAAGCAUUACAUAUGGAGAUGACGUAGCAUUUAAAUCACUCCAUAACCAGUUUGAAGUGUUGUGAAUAUAUUUCGCAUGCCUUUUUAUGCUAGUAAUACCUUUAGAAAGAGUAAGCUAUAAUAUAUGUAAAAAAUAUAUUUACUUGUAUUCUGUGGUGUGUGUUGAAGGAAAGCCACGAAUGUAUGAAGACAAAUACAUAAUUAUUUGUUGUACAACGUGGACUUAAAGCUUCAUCGGCCCUCUGACAAGAGAGGCAACUCUCACUUGAAUAAAUGACUUUUAUUCCUCUAUAUGAAACAGAAAGGCUAUUUUGGUCAAAAUUUGCUCAGCAAGGUACCCUGAAGGUGCCUGCAUUUAAAUUAAAAAUCUGAUUUAUUUUGAAAGAUACUUGAAGCUUUUAGACAAAAGAAAAAGUUGUGGCAGAAAUCAAAAGAAAGUUGAACUUUAAUUACAAUCUUUGCAGACCUCUCUUGAUCUGUCUUUCCAAGACUAACGACAAUGCAUUGUAUGAUUUGUACGAAUUCUAUUUGUUACCAUUCAUUUUCAAUGAGAAUGUUGAAUAUGAAGAAAAAAAAGCAAAUCGCCAUUUUUAGGAUAGCAAACAUUGAUUUUAAGACAACUAUACCCCUGAUCGAUCUCAGAAAACAAUAUACGGGUGAUCUAAUCUAGUCCAGCCUUGUAGUCACCAGCUGCGGAAAUCACGAUUUAACAGAACGGCAGAGACGGAAUAACAAAAAUGAUACUGAUCUGUAAAUGUAAAAAGAAAUCAAUGGUAAUUGCUUAAUACGAGAUCUGCUUAUUGUGUAUAAUGUCAUUAAUAUAACAUCCUAUACUGUUUAUUUGUACAUAAGCUACAAGGAACUCGUGAUAAAGUUCACGUUAACUUAUAACAUUGUAUGUCCAUGUCCAUGUAGAGAUGUACUUAAAAAUAAGUAUUUGGCUUGUUGUUUUUAAAGUUUGAAUUUCUGCAUGAAAGUACCAGUUGUAACAUGAUGACAUAGUUUUAUUGAAGUGCUGCCUCAUGCUAAACUAAAUUGUCUUUUUAUGUAUGUAACCCCGGACCCCUCAUUGUUAUACAUUGUCGAGAUGAA